AUGUUACACCAUAAGUGUACUAAUGGGUUGAGUAACAAAGCUUUUGACGAGUAUUGUACUAUAUUACAGUCCACGAAAGCUUUUCUAGAUAGCAGUAUCCCUAAGAAUUACUAUGAAGCAAAAAAACAAAUUCGAGAUCUUGGUGUGGAAUGUAUUAAAAUAGAUGUAUGCCCAAAUGAUUGUAUGUUAUAUUGGAAGGAUAAUCGUGAUAAGGAAAGGUGCGACGCCUGUGGUGAGUCUAGAUGGAUAUCAGGUACUUGUCAAUCUGGAGAAAAAGAAGCAAGUGGAAAACAGAAAGUCAAGAGAAAAGUUGCCAGGGUUUUGAGAUGGUUUCCGUUAAUACCACGGCUUCAAAGGUAUUAUAUGGACCCUAAAACCGCAGAGGAUAUGAUAUGGCAUGAUAAAGAGCGUACCAAAGAUGGUGUUUUAAGGCAUCCGGCAGACUCGCAAUGUUGGAAAACCUUGGACGAAAAGCAUCGGGUAUUUGGUUCAGAACGUCGCAAUGUUAGACUCGGGUUGGCAAGUGAUGGGUUCAAUUCUUUUGGUGUUAUGGGUACUGGUCACAGUACAUGGCCAGUCUUUGUUACUUCUUAUAAUUUGUCACCAGAGAAGUGUAUGAAGCAACCCUAUUUUAUCAUGUUUCUGCUUAUUCCUGGGCCUAAGGGUCCUGGGAAUAAUAUUGAUGUAUACUUACAGCCACUAAUCGGAGAGCUAAAGGAAUUGUGGGAAAUGGGAAUUGAGACGUAUGAUGCUUAUUCCAAGCAGAACUUCCAAAUGCGUGCAACUCUCUUAUGGACUAUUAAUGACUUUCCAGCAUAUACCAACCUGUCAGGAUGGAGGCACCGGAGAUUCUUACCUAUUGGUCAUCCGUUACGAAGAAACCUGAGCUCUUUUAAUGGCCGCAGAGAACAUGAUAGUGCACCAAAACCUUUAAGCGGUGAGGAUGUUCUUCGGCAGUUCCGUGGUUAUCAUCAAAUCACUUUUGGCAAGGAAGAACAUGCUGUGUGUGGGGAGAAAAGAAGGAGGGAUGACAAUGAGCUGCCUUAUAAUUGGAAGAAGAUAAGCAUUUUCUUCGAACUACCUUACUGGAAAGAUCUUCUCUUACGACACAAUAUUGAUGUGAUGCAUACCGAGAAGAACAACAGUGAGAGUUGGAUAGGGACACUGUUGAACAUAGAAGGUAAGACAAAAGAUAACUUGAACGCUCGGGAAGAUUUGAAAGUAGUGGGUAUACGUGGACCACUUCACCCUGAAGCUUUGGGGAACAACAAAUUCUACCUUCCUCCAGCAAAGUAUACCUUGUCUUUGGCGGAGAGGAGGAAGAUUUGUCAAUUCUUGCGUGACAUAAAGGUACCCGAUAGUUAUUCAUCGAAUAUUUCGCGGCACGUUCAGGUACAAGAAUGCAAGAUUCCCGGGCUAAAGAGUCAUGACUGGCAUGUUCUCAUGCAACAACUUUUUCUUGUUGCGGUGCGUGGUAUCUUACACGAUGACGUGACUAGAGUUUUAGUUGAGUUUUCUGAUUUUUAUACUCAAUUAUGCUCCAAGACAUUGAGAAUCGAAGAUUUGGAGGCGCUUAAAAAAAUGUAUCUCACUUUGUGCAAAAUGGAGAUGAUAUUCCCUCCUUCGUUUUUCGAUAUUAUGACACACUUGCCUGUUCAUAUAGCAAGAGAAGCUAUAAUUGCUGGACCUGUUCAUUACCGGUGGAUGUAUCCAAUCGAACGGUACUUGUACACCUUGAAAAAGUAUGUGCGAAAUAAAAGUCAACCUGAGGGAUCGAUUGCACAAGGGUAUCUUGCUGAUGAAUGUCUGACAUUUUUCUCCAGAUACUUGAGUGCUGAGAUUAAUACAAAGUUCAACCAGAUAGGGAGAAAUAGUGAUGGUGAUGGUGCGACGACAUCUAGUCAUGAAUCGCCUAUCUUUGAAGACGCAUGUCGUUCUUUAGGGAAACCAAUUUUCCGAACUUUAUCUGACAAUGAGUGGGAGGAAGCCCGAAUGUAUGUGUUGAGUAAUUGUGAUGAAAUUCUUCCGUUCAUCGAGUAA